GUUUAAUUACUUGUGAAGAAAUGUCUGAUCAAGAGCUUGCUGCGAUCAUCGUGGGAGUGGUGGUUUUGUUGGUACUGCUUUUUCUCUACUGGAACUGUAUGUGCCAGUCGGAACCUACAAGUACGCCUCGAGAGCGUCAAGAUAAACUGAAUAAUGCACAGGCUCCGAAUGUGCCUCGAAAUUAUCCACCACCAUCUGCUAAUGUUGUCGAAAAAGGAUCCAGCUCUGCAGGUCCUGAUGAUUCUUUACCUCCUGCCCGUCCUGGCAUUGCCUUUACUUAUGAAGAACUAAAAAAGGCUACAAAUUCGUUCUCUCCCAAUAAUUUUCUUGGAGAGGGUGGUUUUGGCCCUGUGCAUAAGGGAGUGGUUACAAUUGAUAAAAAGGGAGUGCUUCCAUUCGAUGAAGAGGGAGUGCUUCCAAUUGAUAUAGAGAUUGCAGUCAAGCAAUUGAAACCUGGAGCUCGGCAAGGGCAGUGUGAGUUUGAGGCAGAGGUUAACAUUAUUAGUCGUGUCCAUCACAAACAUUUGGUCUCAUUGGUUGGAUAUUGCAUUUCUGAAGAGCGGAGACUACUUGUUUACGAGUUUGUUCCUAACAACACAUUGCAUUUCCAUUUGCACGGGGAAGGUCGACCAACUAUGGAUUGGUCUACAAGAUUAAAAAUUGCUUUAGGAUCUGCGAAAGGAUUGGCCUAUUUGCAUGAGGAUUGCAAUCCUAGGAUUAUUCAUCGUGAUAUUAAAGCGGCCAAUAUUCUUCUUGAUUCCCAAUUUGAGGUGAAGGUUGCAGAUUUUGGACUAGCGAGAUUCGCAUAUGAUUACAAGACUCAUAUUUCAACCAACCAUCUCAAGGGAACUUUUGGGUAUUUUGCACCGGAAUAUGCUUCUUCUGGCAAGCUAUCAGAUAAAUCAGAUGUCUACGCCUCCGGGGUCAUGCUUCUGGAGUUGAUCACAGGAAGGCUGCCUGUUGACAAGAGCCCUUCCAAUGAUAGCUGGGUAGCCUUAUUUAAUUGGGCAAGCCCCUUGCUCGCAGAUGCUUUAAAAGGCAAUUAUGAACCCCUCGUCGAUCCAAGGUUGGGGAAGAACUAUAAUCCUAAUGAGAUGGCACGGAUGGUCGCUUGUGCUGCUGCUUGUGUUCGUCACUCUGCAAAUCAUCGACCUCGAAUGAGUCUGGUGGUGAAAGUAUUGGAAGGAGAUGUAUCCCCUGAAAAUUUGAACGAUGGUGUUCCACCAAUGAGGACCGGUAGAACUUAAGAAGAAUGGCAUUUGAGCCGGAAAGUUAACAUUCUCAUAUGCCAUUGGUAUCAAGCAAUAGAGGUCAGGAGACGAGUGAGACGGAGAUGCAGAACUUGAAGAAUUUCAUUUAAACUAUGUUUUUUCCUUUCUGUUGCAGCAGUUGUGAAACUUUUUUAGUGUUUAGUUGUAAAAUUUUCCCAACCCCACUUUUAUA